CAGGCCGGAGAACACGCCGCCGGCCGCGCCCGAUUCGGCAUCCGCUGGGUCCAGCGCACACAAUUCGAGUCAUCAUCGCCCGCGCGACGGAAGCCCUGCAGAGUCUCCGCGAGGUGGGGCGAACGCUGCGGAAUUCUCUGCCGAAUUCAGCGCGCACAUUACGCCGGGCCCGGGCGGCGGGCCUUCUAUCAAUCUCUCCGCGCGCUCGGGGGAUGAUCCGGGGCGCCCCAUUGCUUUGGCCGGUGUGGCUGUGUGACUUACUAGCCGGCCGGGCCAAGGUGUUUGCUUGCUGGGCCGGCUGGGUGGUGGCGCCCCCGCUCGUGGCCCUUUUUCGUCCCGGGCCGGCCCGUUUUUCUUGUGAUCUUUGCGCUUGGCGUCGACGUGCCCCUGUGGAGGGCAGGGCAGACGGGACUUGGGUCUGCGCUGGUUUUUUUUGUGCCAGCCUCCCUCGUUCUACUUGCCGUUGUGGAAGUGGCCCCCGACCGCAGAUGGUCCUGUCGCUGUUGCGUAUGGAUUUUGGCAGCCGACUUCGGUCUCUCGGCCCGUACUCGUUGUGGUAGUAGCGGUUGCAAGUAGAUACUCUGUAUUUAUUGCGUCCUUAU